AUCAGCCCCUUGUUUUGGGGGCUGCUCCAUCAUAAAGCAGCGAGGAUACUGCUUGGUCCAAAUCCAGCUAACACUGAAACAUGGCACCCAAGAAAGCAAAGAAGAGAGCGGAGGGAGCCAGCUCCAAUGUGUUCUCCAUGUUUGAACAGGCCCAGAUCCAGGAGUUCAAAGAAGCGUUCACUAUCAUGGACCAAAACAGAGAUGGCUUCAUUGACAAGAAUGACCUGAGGGACACCUUUGCAGCUUUAGGCCGUUUAAAUGUCAAACAAGAAGAGAUUGAUGACAUGCUGAAGGAGGCACCAGGGCCCAUUAAUUUCACUGUCUUUCUCACCAUGUUUGGAGAGAAACUAAAAGGUGCUGACCCAGAGGAGACUAUCCUUAAUGCUUUUAAAGUCUUUGACCCUGAGGGAAAAGGAACACUAAAGAAAGAGUUUGUGACAGAGAUGCUGACGACCCAGGCUGACAGAUUCUCUGCUGAAGAGAUGGAGCAGAUGUUUCAGGCGUUCCCUCCAGAUGUGGCAGGGAACCUGGACUACAAGAACCUCGUCUAUGUCAUCACACACGGUGAAGAGAAAGACCAGGAAUAAUCACGUCCUCCCUCACCGGGUCGUAUUUGUGCUGAGAUAUGAUCACAUAUGACAGCAAAAAUGUAACUAACUUCAGCUUCAGUUUUUGAAUGUGCACAUGGAUCAAUGUGUUCAUUAUUCAUUCAUUCAUGAUUAUAACAUGUAUAUGUAUGUAUAUUAUUUGAAUAUAAAUUAGUAAUCUCUUCAAAGGUGAAAUUAAAAGUGUAUUUGACGUCAGAUGUUUUUGACAAAUCAAUAAAGAAAGAUUCAACCUCA